AUGAUCAAGGCUCUGGCAGGCUGUUUCUUACUUUCACUCCCCAGCCUCUUGCUCUUUGCUGCGCUGACACGCCAAUUCAACAAGCUUCUGGAAAUUCUGACCUUCUUGAGCAGCAGCGUGCCGCUGUUGAACAGGGCACUGCUCCUCUUGGCCCAAUUUCCGCUUCUAGAGUCCCCGUGGUUAAUUAUGCUUCUGGAAAUCCUGUCGCUCGUCGGCAGCUUCAGCAGUAUCGUCCCCUGCGAGCAUGGGUACUGCACUCUCCUGGAGAUUCUGCCGUCCUUCAACAGCAGCACGUCGCUGUUGAACGGGACACUGCCUUUUCCUAUUACGAUGGGUCGGCUCCCGCUUCUAGCGCCGAGACAAUUGAAGACAUCCCUAUGGUUGAUUCUGCUCGCCGAAAUUCUGCCGCUCAUCAAACGUCUCAGUUGCAUGAUGAAGACCAUGCCAACACCACUGUUGAUGUCACUUCCGUCCAACCCGACAGAGAAGUCCGCCCAUCUCGGGUACCUUCAGACUGGAUCGUGGGAGAGCUACCCAACCGGGCCAUGCGAUAAAGAGUGGUCCAUGCGGCGCUUCUCAUCUUCACCAGUCGUAAUCGGCUAUUCUCACCAGCGCUAA